GGAAUUUUCAACGGCUAAUAUUUUUUUAUACAUAAAUAGAAUAAUCUUUUGGUUUAAUUUGUUUACACUUAAUUGAAUCCAAAGACAAAGACAAGAGUCCUAUAUAGGAGUUUCUCGCAUGUGACAGAACACGGGUUGAAAAGAUAAAACCCUUAGCUUUUGUUGUAGAUUUAGGGACAAAAGUUAUCACAAACUAAUGUGCAUGAAACAGUUGGGGAACAAUAUUAAUAUUAAUAUAUAGAUGUAUAGGAAUCAUAAGAACAUGAAAAGAAAACCGAUACGGCCCAAAUACACGUAUACGGUAUAGUUUGAGAUUCAAAUGGAGAUGAGGGAUUCGUGUUUUUCUCGUUUAAAUCUUUACCCAAAAGCACAGAUAGCCAUCAAUUUCAAGCCAGACAGUGAUGACGUGACUCUCGUAGACCAUUAGGCUUAUGUACAAUUUACCACUGUGGUCUAUAUGGAUACGUAACCAACAAUCUAAGGGUCUUAUGACAGUUAACUAGUUAGUCUGUGUCUAUAUAUAGGAGUGGAAUUAGCACAUGUAUUGCAUAUUCAGAUAAACAGCGAAUUGUCGAGCACAAGUCUAAUAGUUUUAAGAUGGCUGCUACACAAAACAAGCGCAUUCUACUUGUGGUUUUCGUCAUCCUCUGCUUCUUCUCCAUCCAAUCUAGAGCACGGACAUUGAAAGAAAGUAGCAACCUAACUAGUGGGGAUCCCAACACAGCUCAACAUAAGGAAGCGCAUGCUAACGUAUUUAAGCCCAAAGAAGAGGAUAACGUUAGCGGUGACGUGUUUUCAAUGGAUUACACUCCAGCCUCGAGGAAACCACCGAUUCAUAAUUAAAUUGUUCGCAAUUUUGGUAAAGAAAGUAUAUACUGUAGGAAAUUGUACUAAUAUUCAUGAAUAAUUAAGUUGUGCUUUUUUGUAACGAAGUAUUAU